CCGGUAUAUAUUCUGUCAAGCUUUAGUUAGAGGAAACAGAGACAGGGAGCGGGCACAAGACACAGUAUCUAGCAAUAUAGCUCGUAUAAAAUUAUUAGGGUAGUCAAAUAUAGACGGAAUUAGACGCUAGGGAAACAAUAGGGUUGAUUUAUACCGUACAUUCAUUACGAUUAGCGCUCCUCUCAUAAGUGACUGCGGAUGCUCUGAUAAGUCGAGAUGUUCUCCAGUUAGCACUUCAACAAAGACAGAUAGCUUCUUUCUUUUUUUAUUUUCGAAUCCCCCUCAGAAAAUUUAUUUCGAGUGGUCGUUUCCUCAACAUUUUGAAACAUCAGCAUCGAAGAUGAAAGGAUUGAUGUGUAACCUAAAGAGCUGCACACGCCCCAAUGUGUAUGCUGAAGUGCCAGAUGGUGGCUGGGGCUGGGUGGUGGCUGUUGCCUUCUUUUUCGUGGAGGUUUUCACCUAUGGCAUCAUCAAAAUUUUUGGAAUCUUCCUUCAGGACCUUAUGAGCUGCUUCGGUGAAUCCAACAGCAGAGUGUCUUGGGCCAUCUCCAUCUGUGUCUUUGUCAUGGCCUUUACAGCACCCCUCUCCAUGGUGAUGAGUAACCGGUUUGGCUAUCGUCCAGUCAUCAUGCUUGGUGGACUCCUGAUCAGCCUAGGUACCAUCACAACAGCCUUCACCCAAUCAAUCAGUGAGAUAUACAUCACCAUGGGAAUCGUUGCAGGCCUGGGUUACUGCCUGACCUUCCUGCCUACAGUCACCAUCCUCUCGCAGUACUUCAGCAAGCGCCGCUCUCUUGUCACAUCCAUCGCCUCCACAGGAGAAUGCUUCUCCCUACUAGCUCUAGCACCAGCUAUGAAUGCACUGAAGGAGCAGAUUGGCUGGCGUUACUGCUUGGUCGUGAUUGGAGUUUUGCAGUCUUCAGUCAUCAUCUUUGGGGCUCUUCUAAAGCCAAUAAUCAUUAAACCUGUACCCUCCACCACAGAGAGUGCCACUUCCCCACUGAAGGAUCCUGAAUCCAAAUAUGACAUGGAGAAUGAAUUCACACAUACCUCUUACAGUUCUGUGGACUCAGGGGUCCAAUCAAUCUCUUCCUCUCAAACUAACUUGUCUCAGGGCCAAGGAUCUACAGAACCGGACUCUGCUGAAAUAAAAGAACUUGGGGAAGAGGAGGAAAGAAAGAACAAGGAAGAGACCCCACUCAAGGAGGAGCAGAAAGAGGAGUCAGGGGUCUCUAGACCAAAGCUGUUGGACUUCUCUGUACUCAGGGAUGCCAGCUUCAACUGCUAUGCACUGUUCGGCCUAUUUGCCACACUGGGCUUCUUCGCUCCACAGCUCUAUGUGAUUGAGCUGAGCGUGAGCCGAGGUGUGUCACGUGAGAGUGCUACUUUUAUGCUGUCGGCCAUGGCAGUGGCUGAGAUUCUAGGUCGUCUGUCAAUGGGUUGGGUCCUCAAUCGCAGGCCCAUUCGAAAAAUCUACAUUAUGCUGAUUUGCACAGUGUUGCUGUGUCCAGUGCUGGUCAUCUUCACCUUCGUCACAGAGUUCUGGGGGCUCUUGUCCUGCUCCUGUCUCUAUGGCUUCUUUCUAGGCACAGUGGCCUCUAGUCACAUCCCGAUGCUGGCUGAGGAUGAUGUGAUCGGCAUUCAGAGAAUGCCAUCGGCUGUCGGUGUUUAUGUCUGCAUCCAGAGCUUCGCAGGACUGGCUGGUCCACCUCUUGGAGGUGUUCUGGUAGAUGUGACUAAAAAUUACGGAUCAGCCUUCUACUCCUGUGCAGCUGGAAUGGGAGUGGGGGCUCUGUUUCUUGGACUGGUGCGCCCAGCCAAAACUGGCUUCUGCUUUUGGAGGAAAAGAAAUCACCAGGGGCAAAAAACAGACAGAAAGUCCAACUCACAGGGUAGUGAUGAUGCCCCUGCUGACUUUGUAGAAGUGGACAUGGAGAUUGACAACACUCCUGCCUGAAUGCCACCUCACCUCAAGAAUCAUGACACAUGCGCACAUACUUGUUAUCCUUCACUUGAAUGAUCCACCCCCACACACCCUUCAAAGGAUUUGAGUAUACAAACCCUGUGCCAUUAGGGUUACACGGUUACAAUUAAUUCAAACAAAAGUGUUAGAGAAGGGUUUAAUCCAUGGCACUUUUUCUUAGCCGCCAAUCAAAAUCACAAAGACGUGUUUACAUUUAGUGUAUCGUUUAUUAUUAUUUAUUAAACAGGAAGUUUUGAGGCUCCUUUCCUGUGACAGAACACAUACGCACUACAGUAUCCACUGAGAAACACACUUUUAAAGAGGGCAAGCAUGACCUAUACCUCUCAUUUACCAAAGUCAGUGUGAAAUGCACCCUCACUAUUUAUUUUUUAAUUAUGUCGACCAUGAACAAUCAUAACAGUCUCAGUACUUUUCACAAGUGAAAAGUUGUAGGACCUCAUCUUGUUUCUACUUUAAUUGUCACCUACAAAAUGCAACCUCAGGCCAUAUGUUGCUGCUCUCAUUGAGGUGGCCAAUAGGCUUAUUUAUAUUGUGUUGGUUUGCAUAAACCACAUUCAAAGUUGAAGCUGAGGUACAGAACUGUAUAGUGUUUCAGAUUAACACCAUUAUCUACUUGCUUACAUAUUAGAGGUCCACUUGUUUUAAUCUUUAACUGUUAUUGCUAUUGCUAAUGGAAACUAUGUGGGCAACAUCUCAUCUUAGAAAGACGGGUUACGUUGCUCUGACAUCAUUGCCUUGCUCCUUCGCAUUCAAUUUAUCUUUAUUAAUUUAUCUUGAAAACAUUCCCAUAAGAGAUGACGUAGAUAGUGAUAGACAAAUUACAGGGUGGGGUUACCUGCUACACUUGGAAGUCUUCCUUCUUUUGUAAUGCUGUCACUCAAUCUGGAAAUGUUUUAAGAGGGACAAAUUACACAGAACCGAUGUCAAAGGCUUUUUGUCAUGGACAAAUGGUUCUCUUUUAAUUCCUGCUAAGAGAUAUCAUGAUGGUAACCUAGAAAUACUGAAACUUUUCUUUAAAAAAUUCCAGAGGAUUCCAAAGAAUGCUGCCAUGACAUGUUGCCGCCAGAAUUUGGAGUGUGCCUUUGCAAAUAAUUCUGCGGAAUCAUGGAGAGCUUGAGACUUAUAGUAAACUGAAAGAUGCCGUGAAUGUAAUACACUGAAUAGCAUUAUCUUGAUGCAAAUGGUAAAUGUAAUUCAGUACAUGGGUGGCAGAAGAAUUGUGUCAGAAUUAAAAGUAUAUGAGCAAUGGGAUGACUUAAAAAUUUAAAAAAACUAAAUGUAUUCUAGCAUGAAUCUACUGCAUAUGAGAUGUGUCUGCUGAUAAAUCCCAUUGAAAAUCCUUACCUAAUGACUUGAACUCUUAUGUACCUCUUAUCAUAUUCUGUACACUCUCAUUUAAUUUGUCAAAAAUGAUGUAUUUAAAUUCUGUAUAUUAUGUUUUGUACUUUUGAUGAGAAGACACAUUUUUUUAUGUAAUAAAAUUGCAAUGCAGAUUUCUGCCUGUGAGAUGCUGCACCUCUGAAUAUGGCAGUUGCAUAUGUUCAAUGUAGAAUAAAC